AUGUCGACCGAUCUGAUCUUCUCAGACAUCCACUCCCUGAACAGGAACCAAGCCCUGAACAUUCUUGCCCAGAUCGCACGUGUCGAGAAAAAGAGUUUCCCUGCCAAUGAGGGCAUGACCUUUGGAGAGGAGCUCUGGCGCAAGAAGCCUAACACGAGGGUGCUGUAUGCGCACCUCCCAGGCGCAAAUUCCCCGCUGGUUCUGGCUUAUGCGGUCUACGUUCGCCAGAAAGGCAUUGCCCUGCUCCAUAAAGUCUGUGUAGCCGAGACUUAUCGCCGUCGGGGCGUGGGGUUCCAGCUAAUGGCCUACGUUCGCACUCGUCUGCAAAGGGAGGGUUGUCAGUAUAUCCAGUUAUGGGUGGACAAGGACAGAGCCCCAGCUAGGACUUUGUAUGCCCGCAGUGGAUAUGCAGAGCGCGAGGAAAUCUCAGAUUACUACGGACCAGGCCGGACUGGCAUUAGAAUGAUCCUGGAUUUGUAG